GUGGGGUCGGUGGCCUACGGAAGCCCCAGCUUGGGUGGUGUUUCGAAGAGCUGGGCCUUGGCAUCUUAGCGUUUGGACUCAGUGUGGAGGGCUGAGACCUGACGCCGGGUGAGCGGGUCUGGGAAUCGGCCUUGGGCGAAGCGGCCGGCGAGACUAACCAAAAGAAUGGAUUUUACAGAGGCUUACUCAAGUACAUGCUCUGCAGUUGGAAUUGCUGCCAGAGAAGGCAAUGUUAAAAUUUUAAGGAAACUGCUCAAAAAAGGUCGAAGUGUGGAUGUUGCUGAUAACAGGGGAUGGAUGCCAAUUCAUGAAGCAGCUUAUCACAACUCCAUAGAAUGUUUGCAGAUGUUAAUUCAUACAGAUUCAUCUGAAAACUACAUUAAGACAAAGACUUUUGAAGGCUUCUGUGCAUUACAUCUUGCCGUGAGUCAAGGACAUUGGAAAAUCACACAGAUUCUUUUGGAAGCUGGAGCAGAUCCUAAUGCAAGUACUUUAGAAGAAACCACACCAUUGUUUUUAGCUGUUGAAAGUGGACAUAUAGAUGUGCUGAAGUUGUUGCUUCAACAUGGAGCAGAUGUCAGUGGGUUCCAUUCUAUGUGUGGAUGGAAUUCCUUACAUCAGGCUUCUUUUCAGGGAAAUGCUGAGAUUAUAGAACUCCUUCUUAAGCAUGGAGUGGACCGAGAAUGCCAGGAUGAUUUCGGAAUCACACCCUUGUUUGUAGCUGCUCAGUAUGGGAAGCUCAAGAGCUUGGACAUCCUUAUUUCAUCUGGUGCAAAUAUCAAUUGUCAAGCCUUGGACAAAGCUACUCCCUUGUUUAUUGCCGCACAAGAGGGUCAUAUAGAGUGUGUGGAACUUUUGCUGUCCAGUGGGGCAGAUCCUGAUCUUUACUGUAAUGAAGACAAUUGGCAAUUGCCUAUUCAUGCCGCUGCACAAAUGGGCCAUACAAAGAUCUUGGACUUGUUAAUACCACUUACUGACCGGACUUGUGACACUGGACCAGACAAAGUGAGUCCUGUUUACUCAGCAGUGUUUGGAGGACGGGAAGAAUGCUUGGAAAUAUUACUGCAGAAUGGUUAUACCCCAGAUGCACAGAUGUGCUUGGUCUUUGGGUUCAGUUCCCCAUUGUGCAUGGCUUUACAAAAGGACUGUGACUGCUUUGGAACUGUGAAUAUUCUUUUGAAGUAUGGAGCCCAGUUAAACGAACUUCACUUAGCAUACUGCCUGAAGUAUGAGAAGUUUUCUGUGUUUCGCUGGUUUUUGAAGAAAGUUUGCCUGUUGGCUCCUUGGAAUCAUCUAUCUGAAUUUAUAAGUUAUGCAGUUAAAGCACAAAAAAAAUACAAAGAGUGGCUGCCAUAUCUCCUGCUUGCUGGAUUUGACCCAUUGACUCUGCUGUGCAGCAGCUCUUGGGUUGACUCAGUCAGUGAUGACAUCCUUAUUUUUACUUUGGAAUUUUCUAAUUGGAAGAUACUUCCACCAUCUGUUGAAAAGAUUAUCUCUGGUCGUGCAAACUCUUCUUGGGCUCUUCAACAACAUAUGGCCUGUGUCCCAUGCCUGGCCCAUCUCUGUCGUUUGGAAAUUCGGACCAGCCUAAAAGCAGAACAUCUUCGUUCUGACAGUUUCAUCCAUCAGUUGCCACUUCCCAGAAGUCUGCAGAGCUAUUUGCUCUAUGAUGAGGUUUUCAAGAUGAAUGAAAUUCCAGAACCAGCAGCUAUUCAUGAUGUAGAAAUUAGUGAGGCCACCUGAGAGCUUAAUCUUCAAUUCUGUUUAGUCAUAAAAGAUGGGAAUGUUUACAACUGGGCCUCCCAGUUCCCCUCCUCCCAAUGUACUCACCCUGCCUCACUCAGUUUUGUCUCCAGUGUACUUUGUUGUGUUGUGUUUGUUUACCUAGCCAUUUUCGGCUUUAUUCUGCUACUGAGCUGUGAUGCUGCUAUGGUGCUGGAUGUGACAUCCUUCCAUUUGAGAUUCGUGUUCACCUGUGCUUGAAGCUAAGCAUGGAAGCCAUAAACUUCCUAGGAAGAAUAUAUAACAACUGUGUUUUGAAUCACUUACCAUUGCUAUUAUUUCAUUUAGGUCUUAAUAUUCCAUAUGGUUUUUUUUUUUUUUUUGGUUUUUCGAGACAGGGUUUCUCUGUAUUGUUUUGGAGGCUGUCAGUCCAGCCUGGCCUCGAACUCACAGAGAUCUGCCUGCCUCUGCCUCCCGAGUGCUGGGAUUAAAGGCGUGUGCCACCACCGCCCGGCAAUAUUCCAUAUGUUUAUAAAAAUAAAUUUUCCUAUGUUGUCAUUAAUAUGUUCUCAUUUGUUAAUUCAGAUAUAUUCAUGAUAUGUUGAUAUUCUUACAUUUUAACAUGUAAACUCAGGGAAAGUUUUUUUGAAGAACAUAGAUUUCAGUCAUAAUGCUGGUUCUUAUAUCUUCAUACGUUUUGGCAAAAUACACCCCAUUUUUAGUUUGCAAAGACAAGAACACACCUAAACUGAAAGGCAUACUCAGUAUAAAAAGUUAUAUCAUUUUUAGAAGUGUUGUACUGCACUCAGAAUAUUAAUAAGGAGACCUCAAAAGAACAUUGGUGCAGCACCACCCUUAGAGAAAGAAACAGGCACAUUUCAGUUAUUUGGUGGUAAAUAGAACAAUCAAGCUUCAUUCAACUCCAAAAUAAAAGGACAGCUUUGUUCCUAUGAAUCAGUAAUAGCCAAUAAUAUUCUAUUAAUAUAAUAGUUUUCCUUCUUAAUAUCUGGAUGCAUUUUUACAUGAUUGCUGAAAUAAAGACCUCAGAAUCCUACAUUGUGAGUUUUUACAAUUGGUUUAUGUAAACCGAGUCAAGAAAAAUCAAUCAUCAUCAAAACAGUUGUCUGAGAGACUGAAAACUAGCCUUGAGAGAAAGGUACUAGGGUGUUGCUGUCAUAAUAGUCAGCACAGCCGGGCGGUGGUGGCGCACGCCUUUAAUCCCAGCACUCGGGAGGCAGAGGCAGGCGGAUCUCUGUGAGUUCGAGGCCAGGCUGGACCGAUAGCCUCCAAAACAAUACAGAGAAACCCUGUCUCGUAAAAACAAACAAAAAAAUAGUCAGCACAAUGUGGUUUCUAUAGGAAGCAGACCAUCUCUUGCCAAAAACCUGUGGUUGGGUAGGUCAUCUGGGCCCGUCUCUGAUAGGCUCUUAAAAGAAGCAUGAUGAAGGUGGACUUCAUUAGAAUUGAUUGGGAAGACUUAACUCAUUCCUCAUGUUUCAAGUCUUGUUUGAUGUGGGUAUAAAGUUAGAUAUUGAAAAUCAGGCAGAAAUUCUGAUAGUUUAAUUUAACAAAGACACUCCAAAAUUAUGUGCACCAAAACUCUGCUUCAGAUUUUGUUUGGGGUCAUGGCUAAGUAUACAUAGAAUGUUUUAAAAGAAUGUAUCUUUUAAUGUAUUUUGUUCAUGUUCAAAUGUAUUACAAAAGCUCAGAUUUCCUUAAGUCAUCAUUAAAGCCCUAAAAGUCAAUACAGAUGGCUCCUGGCUGAAGUUUAGAGACUGCACUUUGUACUUGACCUAUUCCUAGGCUAUCAAUACAUAGUAUUAGAGUCUCUUGGAGUCUGAUGAUUCUGAACAGUCGCAGUAAUCUAUAACUACUAGACAGUCAAGCAUGAAGGCUUAUCUUUUCAAUGGAAGGGAUGUAUGUAUCUGUUUUCCCACCCAGAAUGCUGGGACUUGAUGUUUGCUACCUGUAGUGUGAGACCUUACCCAAAUGCCACAGAAUGUUUGUUCCAGACUCUCCCUCUUUAGACCUUUAGCUUUAGCUUUGUUUCUCAAUAGAACCCAUCUUUAGGGGAGAAGCCACAUUUAUUUUUAUAGCCUGGUGACUUCUACACUAUCUUGGCCAGAGACCACAACAGAUUUUUGAAGACUCAAAACCAAUCCCCCAGCAACAUACCUCCUCCAAGGCCAUACCUCCUCAUCCUUCCCAAACAGUUCUACCAAGUGGGAAUAAAUAUUCAGACAUAAGUUUAUGGAGGCCAUUCUCAUUCUGAUUACCAUAGUGGAUGGACAGGUGUCUCAAGGGUUUAGCGCACUUUCUGUUCUUCCAGAAGACCAGAGUUUAGUCCCCAGUGCCCAUUCAGUGUGGAUCACAAGCGUUACUCCAGCUCCAGGCAUUGAGUGUUGUCUUCUGGCCUCUGAAGGCAUAUGCACACAUGUGUCAUAUACUCACACAUUCAGUAAAUAAUAAAUAUUUAGGGGGAAAAGAAGGUUUUGGUUCUGAUUGAUGUGUUUCUGUUUUGGAAGCCUAGACUUUGAAAACUCACUAGGUAGUCUGACUUAGCCUCAGACUUAACAAUGAUCCUCUUGUCUUAACCUCACCAUUGGGAUUAUAGAUAGGAGUCACCACACCUUGCUGAGCUUUUGAUUUUGAAAUUGAUUAGUGAUUAUUAUGGGUUGGGACUAGAGUGAUCCCAGAAGGUCCAUAUAUUAAAGGUUUGCUCUCUAGUCUGGUGCUUUUGGAAAAUUUUAGGAGAUGGUUAGAUUAUUUGAGGGGCUAUUGGAACUCCUGUCUUCUGUUUCCUGAUAUGCAUUUCAAGUGGGCAUCUUUGCUUUACUUAACAUUAGAGGCCCAAAGUAACAGACCAACCAUGAACUGAAAACCUCCCAAACCAAAAUAAAACUUUUCUCCUUUUAAGUUGGCCAUCUUAGGUGUUUUUGUCAGUUGUGGGAAACUGACUGAUGUGGUGCCUUUUUAACCUUAUUAUAUGCAAUGUUCUCUUAGACAUUUUUGUAUUAAAAUACUGUUUUGUGACUUGUAGGGACUCAGUAAAUAAUGCAAUCUUAAAGCAUGCAAAAAAUGAGUUGUGGUUACAGCUUCUGAUAAGAGUCAUAUGUCUGGUGACAAGAACUUUAACCCUUCGUCACUUGCAUAGAGUGCUUUAGUAUUUAAAGACCUGGUGAGUGCCAGAUGUUGAUCAUAAUGGUAUAUCUAGUUAUAUGUAGCUUAAACCCUGCCUCACAUGCACAGUGGUUCUUUAGUCCCUAAAAGCUCAGGGGAUGUCAGGUAUGGGUUAUACCUCCAUAUGUGUUAUUGACUAGUCAGUGAGGCUCCACAAAAGAACAUGUGGUAUUUUGUUGUUCUUGGUUGCCCACCAUUUCUAGGUAGACCCUGUUGCUAAAGACAAGACACCACACACUUUGUUUGCAGGACAUACAAAAAUCAAUUCCAAACUUACUGAGAAACUUUCUGACAGCUAGCUUUCAUAGUGUCAAAGGGGGAUAUUCAGUUCACUGGCGGACAAAAGUCAUCAGUGGACUUACCUAGUGGUGGACCCUUUCAUGCUGCUAUGGAGGGUACACAUCCUGUCUACUGGUGCAAUAGUGGAAUAAUUGGGUAACCAAUUAUUUUCUGCUUGAAUUUUUGACCUGGUUCAGAGGGAGGAAUUAAUGCCCCUAUCUGGGGAGGUUUAAGGCUUUGAUGUGUGUGGAGGGACCUGCCACUGUUAUUUUGCUGAACAGAUGUGGUGUCAGAUUGCCUUCUACGUGUCUAUGGUCACACUUGUAGAUUAGUACAGCCUUCAACCUUGGGCAGAGCAGCUUCUUUUUGCAGUGGGAAGCAGUGACUACAGAAACUCAUAACUGCUUAUCUAUUUUUUUCUUGUGAUGAUGGAAAUGGGAAUCCAAGGCCUCACACACACUAGAAAAAUGUUCCACCAUUGAGCUCCAUCUGUAGCCCUCAGGGGAAGAUUAACCAGUGGGGAAUGGUUGAAGAGCUAGUGAGGUUGCUGAUGAUGUAAAUAUUUCUUAAUAGCUUUAAAAUAUAAGAAUUUGGGGAGUAACUAGUAAAACUGCUUAGCACAGAUGGAUUCUAAUUUAUGGAUUCUUUAAUACAAAACAAAUGGAGGCUAAACCACUGGCUUCAUCAGAAUAGUCUGUUGGAAGAGAAUCUCUAAGCCUUUAUGAUCUCUCAAGCAUUUUUUGUUUUGUGAGCUGGAAACAUUAAUGGCACCUAGGGUUCUAUUUAUUCACCUGAAUUCCAUAUACUGGAGCAUAUCCCUCCUCCCUUCCCAUUCCAGUCACAUAACCAAAGUCAGGAGUUGCAUGUGGGUAAAGCUCAGACCAGGAAACUAUUACUUAUGUCUUUGUGACUUGGGACAGUUAUCUGAAAAUUCCUUCAUUCUGAUAAGAGCUAAUGUGCAUCUCAGGAACACAUUCCCUUUGGUAGGAGGCAGUGUUUCUUAAUUAAAUAUGGGCACAUUUGAUAACUUGUACGUACUAUCCUAAUAGUUUUAUAAUCAUGUCAUCUCUGUUCUCUUUGCCCGUUCUUAUUUUUCAAAAACAAAAAAGGACAACUGUUGUGGGAUUCCACCAUUCAGACUAAUGACCAAUGGAAUGGAGCAGGUUGGCCCGAUGGACAUGGUCUUCUCUAAGAUACAGGAUCAGAGGAGGAGGGUCACACACACCCCUUUUUUGGGACUAUGGAAGGCUUCCUGAUGCCACAGCUUGAUGACCUUGUGCAGAAUUUUCCCAUAUCUCCCUGAUGGAUGAAAAAGCAGCUGUGCCACUUCAUCAUGUAUUUGUGAGGAUGUUGUAUUGAUUUCAUCCUUGAAUAAACUUUUCCUGAUAGAAAACUUCUGUGGCCUACCCCAGUAACCAACCAACCUAACAAACAAACAAAAUACAAUCCCUGAGUAUAACUUUUCAGGUUUUAUGUUUUGUUCUUUCUCUUUUUUUUUCACUUUCAAGGCCCAAUUGCUGUUUUUAUUUCUUAAAUUUAUUGUUGUUACUGCUUUAUUAAAUGAUAAAUGAUCACUGGUGCCUUCUAGGAAAACAAAACAAUUAUUUUGUCCAAUAAAAUCCUGUAGUUUUAAUUAGAAGGGACUGAUUGUACAUACUGUUUCUGCGACAUGUGGGUACAGCUCUAUUGAAUUAACAUAAGUAGUGCAUAACGAGGUCAGUAUGUUUAUAUUUUUUUUAAAAAAAUACUGUGGCUGUGCAAUGGUGGCACACACCUUUAAUCCUAGUAUUCAGGAGGCAGAGGCAGGUGGAUCUCUGUGAGUUCAAGACCAGUGUGGUCUACAAGAGCUAGUUCCAAAGCCACAGAGAAAUCCUGUCAUGAAAAACAACAACAAAAUACUGUGAGUAAGUUCAGUGCAGAUUUUAAAUUAACUUUUGGAGUUUCUUUGGUGAAUAAAAUAAAUGUUAAAUGAAGGACAUUUAUUAACUUCACUAUGCUAAUAAGUCCUUUAAGGAAUUCUCAUAUAGAAAUUAAGUUAAUGGCAUUGUUUUCAUUUGAAAAGAAAAUACAUUAAAAGAAUUAAAGUGUAACAUUCAAGGCUAUCCUCAGGUACAUAGCCAGCUAGAGUCCAGCCUACUGUCACUUUGUUGGAAUAUUAUCUAUCUCUGAGAUGUUUAUGGUUUUAAUCUAUGCAAAGGUUAUCACAAAUUAAUAAAAGUAUAGUUAAAAUCAACCAA